CAAGGGCUAUGCCUUUGUGCACUUUGAGACACAGGAUGCUGCAGACCGCGCCAUUGAGAAGAUGAACGGCAUGCUGCUGAACGACCGCAAAGUGUGAGUGUCUCAGCCAGAAGCUGAGACAUGAUGCAUCUCAGUAUUAACCCACCAGGCUGCUGGUUCUCCUGGCCCAAGCUUUGGCCUGCUGCCUGUCUCCUCCAGGGCUGAUUUGUUGGCCGAUUUAAGUCCCAUAAAGAACGUGAGGCGGAGCUGGGAGCCAAAGCCAAGGAGUUCACCAAUGUCUAUAUCAAAAACUUUGGGGAUGAGAUGGAUGAUGAGAGACUGAAGGAGCUCUUCAGCAAUUAUGGUAAGACCCUCAGUGUUAAAGUGAUGACUGACCUGGCUGGGAAGUCCAAAGGCUUUGGCUUCGUGAGUUUUGAGAAGCACGAAGAAGCCAGCAAGGCAGUAGAAGAAAUGAAUGGAAAAGAUAUCAAUGGGAAAAUUGUGUUUGUGGGUCGUGCACAGAAGAAGGUGGAACGUCAGGCAGAGCUGAAACGCAGGUUUGAGCAGCUAAAGCAAGAGAGGAUCAGCCGUUACCAGGGAGUUAAUUUGUAUAUCAAGAACCUGGAUGACACAAUUGAUGAUGAGAAGCUGAGAAAGGAGUUCUCUCCUUUUGGAUCUAUCACAAGUGCUAAGGUAAUGCUGGAAGAUGGUCGAAGCAAAGGCUUCGGCUUCGUCUGCUUCUCCUCUCCGGAAGAAGCCACCAAAGCUGUAACCGAAAUGAAUGGGCGCAUUGUGGGCUCCAAGCCGCUGUAUGUGGCCUUGGCCCAGAGGAAGGAGGAGCGCAAGGCCCACCUCACCAACCAGUACCUGCAGCGCAUCGCUGGCAUGAGAGCUCUGCCAGCGAACACCAUUGUCAGCCAGUUCCAGCCAGCUUCCGGAGGGUAUUUCAUGCCAGCAGUGCCCCAGGCUCAGAACAGACCCACUUACUAUGCACCUAACCAGAUGACUCAGAUGAGACCCAAUCCACGCUGGCAGCCUGGGGGAAGGCCUCAAGGCUUCCAAGGUAUGCCCAACAGUAUGCGCCAAUCUGGGCCGCGGCCAACACUACGACAUUUGGCUCCCACAAGUAAUGCUCAAGCUUCACGUGGCUUGCCUGGUGCUCCCCAGAGGAUCGGGGUUGCCGCCACAGCCCCAAGCCUGGCUCCUCGACCACCUGUAGCCGCCCAGGCUCCCAGGGCAGUUCCGCCGUACAAAUACGCUGCCGGCAUCCACAGCCCCCACCCAGCAGUCCAGCCUUUACAGGCCCCACAGCCUGCUGUUCACGUGCAGGGACAAGAGCCCUUAACGGCAUCCAUGCUGGCUGCUGCGCCUCCCCAGGAGCAGAAACAAAUGCUGGGAGAACGUCUCUUUCCACUAAUCCAGGCAAUGCACCUCAGCCUGGCAGGAAAGAUCACGGGGAUGCUGCUGGAGAUCGACAACUCAGAGCUGCUACACAUGCUGGAGUCUCCGGAAUCCCUCCGCUCGAAGGUGGAGGAGGCUGUGGCAGUGCUACAGGCUCACCAGGCAAAGAAGGAAGCUGCCCAAAAGGUGGGCAUCGUUGCUGCUACCUCGUAAGCCAAGGAUGCUGGUCUUGCAAGGGACAAAUGGGCUCUCUGAAGAAAUCACUUCAUUCUGCAUAUUUCAACAUAGUGCAACAUUUCUCAGUAAUUUUCCGUGUGUAAAGCUCUUAAUAUGCCUUAUUUAAAAUACUAAAAAAUACAAAUUCCAUAUGCAAGGAUUCAUUCUCCCUGCCAAAGGAGGUGGACAUCUUGUUUUUCCAUGUGGGAUGAUGACAUUUUUUGGACUUGGUUUUAAUCAGACAAUCCAUUUGCAAAGUCAAUAAACAGAAGUAUUUUAUGAAAUUG